GAGUGGAGCGCAGCGCCGGGCCGCGGGAACGAGCGCCGGGAGGAACUACUGUGGCCCGACCAGUUCGGGCCGCCCAUCUCCUCUCCGCCGCGCUCUCAGGCGCCGAGAACUACAGCUCCCGGCAUGCCGUGAACUGCAUGGCCGAGGCGCCGAGGCGGGGUCCGGCCCUCCUUCGGCCCGCCCCGCUUUCCUCGCCGGCCUCAGGCGCUGUCUCCGCCGCGCGCGGAGCCGGGACGCGAGCCAUGGAGGAGGCGUCGCCCUCGCUGCUGAGCUGCAGCAAGCCGCACCUGGAGAAGUUGACACUGGGCAUCACCCGCAUCCUAGGUGAGGGGACCGAGAGCCAGGGGAAGUCGAGUCUGGGAGGAGGGGCCAUGGAGAGGAAAAGAGGAUGGAGAGGUGAUGUGUGGGGUGGACGGCACGACGCUAGAUCCUGCGUACGAGCAGGCGUCGCUGCUCUGACAUCGGUGGUUGAGGGAAAGAGGGAGACCGGGUGCGUGACCUGGCCCGGGUCUGAAAGACCGGCCAAGAAGUGCAAAGGGAAGACAAAAAAUAACUGUGUGAUGCCUGAGGAUCUGAAGAACUUUUACCUAAUGACCAAUGGCUUCCAUAUGACAUGGAGUGUGAAACUGGAUGAGCACAUCAUUCCAUUGGGCAGCAUGACAAUUAACAGCAUCUCAAAACUGACUCAGCUCAACCAGUCUUCCAUGUAUUCACUUCCUAAUGCACCAACUCUGGCAGACCUGGAGGAUGAUACAUACGAAGCCAGUGAGGACCAGCCAGAGAAGCCUCACUUUGACUCUCGCAGUGUGAUAUUUGAGCUGGAUUCAUGCAGUGGGAAUGGGAAGGUUUGCCUUGUUUACAAAAGUGGGAAGCCAGCAUCAGCCCAAGACACUGAGAUCUGGUUUCUGGACAGAGCAUUAUACUGGCAUUUUCUCACAGAUACCUUUACUGCCUAUUAUCGCCUGCUUAUCACCCACCUGGGCCUGCCCCAGUGGCAGUAUGCUUUCACCAGAUAUGGCAUUAGCCCACAGGCCAAGCAAUGGUUCAGCAUGUAUAAACCUAUCACCUACAACACAGAUCUGCUCACAGAAGAGACCGACUCCUUUGUGAACAAGUUGGAUCCUAGCAAAGUGUUUAAGAGCAAGAACAAGCCCUUAAUUCCAAAAAAGAAAGCGGCUGUGCAGCCUGCAGGUGGCCAGAAAGGGCCCUCGGGUCCUACUACCUCUAAACCCUCCUCUGGACCUGGAAACCCUGUCCGGAAGUUAUUACAUUUUGAGCAUUUAUAAAUGUGCAGCAAUUCAAGGGAGGUCCAACAGCACCAGUCCAGCAUUUGACUGCUUCUUCAAGACAAGGUUAGAAGGAAAAUGAGAAGGCAUGUCAUUCUUCAUUGCGACAGAUGUCCUUCCUAUAGUACCUGAGGAGCCCAUUGGAGGACCAGUUCAGUUUGGGUCCAGUUCUAGAUUCCAUAAGUGAAACAACAGAGGAACCAGGAGAGCAAUGGUGUCCUUCAAACCAGUGGCAAUCAAUGGGAGUCUUCCAAAGACUGUAGAAGGAAGGCAAUUAGGAUAAAGAAAAGCUCAAGACCUGCCUCAGAAGGAAGAGUGAUGAAAAAGCAGAGCUGGUUACAUCAUAUGCAGGACACAGUACAAAAUGAAGAUGUGAACCUCUUGUUCAAAAAUCAGAAAAACUACCAUUAAAGGCCCUAAAAUGUGCUUUUCCUUUCUUCCAUGGUUUCCUACAACUUAUUAUGGUGAUGUUUUCUGUUUGCUCCUUAAUACUGUUACAAGGAAAAUUAAAAUUUUUAAAUUAGUA